AUGACUUCUAGCUAUGCACAUGGAAUGGACAGGCAAGCAACGAUAUCAAAUCGUUUGGAGAGUUCGAUUACAUCCAAUCUGGAAAACCUUCAAGCCAAAAAGAACUUCUCCGUGAGCCACCUGUUGGACCUGGAGGAGGCCGGAGAAAGGGUUGGGACCCAGGCGGACGAGAGUGUCGGUGAGGCGGGGAGGAAUAUGCUGGAGUCCCCUGGUCUGACCAGUGGGAGCGACACUACUCAGCAGGAGAAUGAGCAGCUGAACGCGGAGGAGAAGAAAAAGAGGAAACAGAGAAGGAACAGAACUACAUUCAACAGCAGCCAGCUGCAGGCUCUGGAGAGGGUGUUCGAGAGGACACACUACCCCGACGCCUUCGUCAGAGAGGACCUGGCACGCAGGGUCAACCUCACAGAGGCACGGGUGCAGGUGUGGUUUCAGAAUAGAAGGGCAAAGUUCCGUCGGAAUGAGCGCGCCAUGUUGGCCAGCAAGAACGCCUCGCUCCUCAAGUCCUACUCCGGGGACGUCACGGCCAUAGAACAGCCCAUCGUACCCCGCCCUGCCCCCCGCCCAAACGAUUACCUGUCAUGGGGUAAUGCCUCUCCUUACAGUACCAUGGCAACCUACCCCCCCACAUGUUCCAACCCCAAUACAUCCCAGGGAAUGAACAUGGCUAACAGCAUCGCCAACCUGCGGCUCAAAGCCAAGGAGUACAGCUUGAACCAGGUGCCCACGGUUAACUGA